UUGUCAGAAAGGUAAAUGCUUGCUUUGGAGGUGUGGCUGACUUUUGCAAAUCGCUCAGUGUUUUCCAAUUUUUCUUCUAAAGAAGCUGAAGAAGUUUUUAAAGUGAAGAAAUCAAGUUACAGCAAAAAGAUAGUAAAACAGCUGAAGAAAGAAUACAAAGAAGACCUUGAAAAAUCAAAGGUUAAAACAGAAGUCAGUUCUCCAUCUGAUGCUGAACCACCUAUAGAGAAAACUGGGCAGAUUAAGGAUGCAAGUCAAGAAGAUGGCACUACAAACAGUGAACAAGGAGAAGAAGAGAUGGAAGUUGAAAGUGAAAAGGAGGAAGAAAAACCUAAAGCUGGGGGAGCUUUUUCAAGUGCUCUGUCAUCUCUGAAUGUUCUUCGUCCAGGAGAAAUUCCAGAUGCUGCUUUUAUUCAUGCUGCUAGGAAAAAGCGUCAAAUGGCCCGUGAACUUGGGGACUUUACGCCAGUUGACAAUGAACCAGGUAAAGGCCGCCUUGUUCGAGAAGAUGAAAAUGAUGCCAGCGAUGAUGAGGAUGAUGAUGAAAAAAGGAGAAUAGUCUUUUCAGUGAAGGAAAAAUCCCAAAGGCAGAAGAUAGCGGAAGAAAUAGGUAUUGAGGGAAGCGAUGACGAAGCACUAGUAACGGGGGAACAGGAUGAAGAACUCAGUCGAUGGGAGCAAGAACAGAUACGGAAAGGAAUUAACAUACCUCAGGUUCAAGCAAGUCAGCCUACUGAAGUGAAUAAUCUGUACUACCAGAACACUUACCAGACAUUGUCUUAUGGUUCAUCGUAUGGCAUUCCUUACACUUAUGCUGCUUAUGGAUCAUCGGAGACCAAGUCUCAAAAAACAGAUAAUACAGUUCCUUUCAAAACUCCCAGUAAUGAGAUGACUCCUGUUACUAUUGAUUUGGUAAAGAAACAGCUUAAAGACAGGUUGGACUCCAUGAAAGACUUGCACAGAGCAAAUCGGCAGCAAUACGAGAAACAUCAGCAAAGCCGAGAGGACUCUGCCAAGGCAAUUGAAAGAUUAGAAGGGUCUUCUGGGGGUAUUGGUGAACGGUAUAAAUUUUUGCAAGAAAUGCGAGGGUAUGUCCAAGACUUGCUUGAGUGUUUCAGUGAAAAGGUGCCUCUGAUAAAUGAACUUGAAUCAUCAAUGCACCAGCUGUACAAACAGCGAGCUUCGCGCCUUGUCCAAAGACGACAAGAUGAUAUUAAAGAUGAAUCUUCGGAGUUUUCAAGCCAUUCAAGUAAAGCACUGAUGGCCCCAAAUCUUGAUUCUUUUGGACGAGAUAGAGCACUCUAUCAAGAGCAAGUAAAACGCCGAACUGCAGAAAGGGAGGCUAGAAGAGCCCGUCGAAGGCAAGCAAGAGAGCAAACUGGGAAGAUAGCAGAUCACCUUGAAGGCCUUUCCAGUGAUGAUGAAGAAACUUCAACUGAUAUUACUAACUUCAACCUGGAACGAGAUCGCAUUUUGAAGGAGUCCAGCAAAGUUUUCGAAGACGUAUUAGAAAGCUUUUAUUCAAUUGACUGUAUUAAGUCACAGUUCGAAGCCUGGCGUUCCAAGUACUCCUCCUCUUACAAGGAUGCUUAUAUUGGCUUAUGUUUACCAAAGCUUUUUAAUCCUUUAAUAAGACUGCAGCUUCUUAUAUGGAAUCCGUUAGAGGGUAAAUGUCGAGAUUUUGAAAACAUGCUGUGGUUUGAAUCAUUGCUUUUUUAUGGCUGUGAAGAACAGGAGCAAGAGAAGGAUGAUGCAGAUAUUUCACUGUUACCUACCAUUGUGGAAAGGGUGGUUCUUGCUAAACUAACAGUCAUUGCUGAGAAUAUAUGGGACCCUUUUUCCACAUCACAGACAUCUAAAAUGGUAGCAAUCACACAGAAACUAGUAGAUGGAUAUCCUUCAGUGGUAAACGCAGAGAACAAAAACACACAGACGUUCUUGAAAGCCCUGUUACUAAGAAUGAGGAGGACACUAGAUGAUGAUGUAUUCAUGCCAUUGUAUCCAAAAAAUGUCUUAGAAAACAAGAAUUCUGGUCCAUAUUUGUUUUUCCAACGCCAGUUUUGGUCCUCAGUUAAGUUACUAGGAAACUUUCUCCAGUGGUAUGGAAUCCUUUCAAACAAAGCUCUACAGGAAUUAUCAAUAGAUGGUCUGCUAAAUAGAUAUAUUCUUAUGGCAUUUCAAAAUUCUGAGUAUGGAGAUGACAGCAUUAAGAAAGCUCAGAGUGUAAUUGCUUGCUUUCCUAAACAGUGGUUUACCAAUCUAAAAGGGGACAAAACCAUUAUCCAGCUAGAAAACUUCUGUAGAUAUCUUGUUCAUCUGGCUGAUGUAAUUUACAGAAACAGCAUUGGUUGCUCUGAUGUAGAGAAAAGAAAUGCAAGGGAGCACAUAAAACAGAUAAUAAAGCUUCUAGCAAGUGUUCGAGCUCUGGACCAUGCUGUGACGGUUGCAAAUGAUCACAAUGUGAAAGAGUUAAAGGUUUUAAUUGAAGGGAAAUAAAAUUUUCAGAUAACUCAUUCUGAGCUUUAAAAACCAUUCCCGAUUGUGUAAUGUAUAUGUACAUAUGUAAAGUUUCUUAAACUGUAAAGUCUUGAUCCUUGUUUUAAUACAAAGUGCAUUCUUAUAUACAGCAUCCUUAAGUAUUGAUUUCUUUAAAAGAAAAAAAAAAAAAGAAUCCUGGAAACUACUUCUCCAGAAACAGAUUUUCCUUAGAUUGCUCAGCAUCUUGUUUACAAAAACAUUUUGUACCCAAAAUACCUAACCAUCUACUCAGUUACUUGUCCCAUGGUUAACUGGAAUGUGGGUAUUGUGUAAUUACACAGUGUGCAUAUAUUUGUAUUACCAUGUUACUUUCACACUGGAUUUACUGGUCUUUUAUUGUUAAAAUAAGUUUUUUCACUUGCUGAAAUUUAUUUUGACAGUAAAUUGACCAUACUGUUGGUCAAAAGGGUUGGCAAAACGUUCAAAUACGUAAGAAUCAUUUGACCUAAUUUGAAAGGGAGCUUUCAAAUAGCACCUGAUAUUGCAUGGCAGCUGUGCUGCUCUCAUAUUAAAAUAAUUGAAGUUUACUUACGUUCAGAAUGAAUACAGAACUUUCUUCAAACUGUUCUUGAAAUCAUUCAACAUCACUUUUCAUAAAAACAUUAGAUUGGCAAUUUAAAUGUGGCAACUCACGUUUAAAGGUAAGUGGCAGCAUUCCCUGACCCCAGAAGAGUCAUUUACUUUGAAAAGGCAGCAUUUCAUGAAUCCUGGAUCCUCAUCUUAUUAGUAACUCAGCUAAAUUUUUACUGUUCUAUAAUAUAAUUUAUAACAAUUUUGAUUUAUACAUGGAAUCUGUUUCCUCACAGAUGAGUCUUUCUAGAGGUAUAAAAGCCAAACAGGAAAAUAAAUUUUCUGUAUCUCAUAAAUACUUGCCACAGUGUAAACAGACCAAGCAACCAAAUUUUACAGUUCCUGCUAAUCCAGGUUUGUUUGGUUUUGUUUUUGGUUUUUUUUUUAAAUGAGCCAUCAUGCAAAAACAAAUGCUCAAUUUAUUUGUGGCAAAUCAAAAUGCUAUCUUUGGUAUAAGCUCUCUUACAUUGGAACACCAGUGAUAUUCUGGGGGCUCCAAGGAAAGGGGAUAACAGCUGUCACUGUUUUGGAAAUAGUUUGUCCAAAUGUGCCCUACAUUACUUGGGAAUUGUAGCAAUAAAUUGGCAUACUGAGUAACAUUAGAAUCAUUGUAUUUUAUGCUCAUGUCAUGUGAUAUAAAUGAGUAUAUUAAAAUGUACAAUUUGUAACAUGCACACAUCAUUUGAACACCAAACAGUUGCUUUUUCUGAACUUGUUGGACUGAUGGAUACAUUCAGAGUGUCUGCUUUUAAGAAUCCUUUCAAUAAACUUGUCUGUCAUGGAGCUGUA